AUGGCGACUCUGAAUGAUUCUCGGGCUGUGAAGUCACUCAACGAAUCCAAAGGAAGUAAUAGAUAUAAGUUUAAGAGUUUCAAUGGGAGAAUGAAUGACAAUGAAAUCAAAGUCUUUAGGAGCUUAGAUAAGGUGAAGUCUGAGCCUUCAGAGGGCUCCACAUUUUUCAAGGAUUGCCUCGUAGAAUUGAGGGAGCUGAAUACGGCAGCAGAUUUUAUUCUGUUUUAUGAAGAAAUGUUACCGUUUGUUCAAACUCUGCCAUUGGUUAUCUUGCAAAAAGAAUUAAUCUUCUCUAAACUUGUCUCUGGAUUACAAAUGGAAGCAAGAUUUUCUCUGGAAGCCUUUCUCAGGUUGAUUGCUGCAUUAUCAAGAGAUCUCUUGGAGGACUUUAUUCCCUUCGUUCCAAGGAUUGUUACCUCCUUAGUAAUUCUACUAAAAAAGCUUGGUCAUAAAGAGCCAGAGAUUAUCGUGCAGAUUUUCUCAUCAUGGAGUGAAAUAAUGAUGCACCUACAGAAGUAUCUCAUAUGCGACAUUGAAGGUAUCCUCAGGGAUACAUUGGAGCUGAGGUAUUACCCCGAUGACUGCAUCAUCAAACUUACAUCGGCAUCAAUGUCAUCUUUAUUGAGGAAUGCACCGGUUGAUCAACUUAAAAUAGGGAUCAAGAGGAUUCUUUCUGAAGUUGCAGAUCAACCGGAUAGAGCUGGAGGAGGUGUUUUACUAUAUUAUGUUAUGACACGUACCACGACGAAUCUCCAUUCAAAAGCUGAGAUGGUUUUGAGGUUCUUGCUGAAAGAUUCAACGUUAUCCUUUCCCCAAGGUUCCGGUAGUACUGUAGAAGUUGUCAGUUCAAAUUUGCAGAGAUUAUGUGAGGAUUAUAGAGUAGAAGAACUAAGUGUUCUAUGGAGUUGCUUGUAUGACGAGAUAAAGGAAGCAAUCUCGAACAGAAACACAAUUCAUUUAAGCCGACUCUUGACUGUGCUUACUUCAGUUGUUGGGAUUAAGAAAGGUCUCAAGGUUCAUGAUUACUCUUCUUUGAUUGGAAUCGUGAGCCAAAUAGUUUCAACUUUUAUGGAUUCCUCUGAUAACAUAUCUGCUGUAACCGACGGAGUUUUGCGGCUGAUAUUAUGCACCAUCGACAGACCCAUGUCUGUUAGUGAAAUGGAAUCUAUUGCUUUGCAAUGGACUCCCAUUUUUGCCUUGAAGAGCUCAAGUGCAAUCAACAAUAUGAUUUGGGGCUCUUCUGAGGAAGCUAUGCCUCUGUUACUAUCGUUGUGUGAGACACAACAACAAUGUGAAACAUUUGAGAGCAAAUACGUGAGAAUUCAUGAGUUCUUGGAAGAGAAUAUUAACAAGUUUCAAAAGAAUAUAGAGGAUACUGGAUUAGCUCAAAUUGAUGAGGCCGAGUUGGCUACCGUUUGGGGAGUUGUCAACUGUUAUCCUUAUUUUAAAGUGGAUUCAUCGUUACUGAUUCGCCUCAAGAAUACUCUCAGACAGCAUUUGGCAAUCUCAGUUGUAAACACUUUUAGUGCUCCAGAGUUGAUGUGGCAGAGCUUACUUGGUACUGCUUUGAGUUCUUGUCAUAAACUCUAUAACCACAGUGAUCUAGAAGAAGCCUUGUCUCUUGCUAAACAGUACAAGUCAUGUGUACAAGUGCUGUCUCCUGUGGCCGACUAUUUGGAUUUUGUGUACAGGCCUGCAUCGGCUGAUGAUGAUAGCCCUAAGGCAUAUCCAGAACUUCAAGCAGAUAAGGCUGAACAUGCUUUUGGCAUAUUUUCUGAAAAUUUGCGUCACCCAAACAAAGACAUCCGUCUUCUGACUCUACGGAUUUUGUGCCAUUUUGAGACUUUGCCUUCUAAUCUUUCUUCCGAAGAGCAUCAUCCGAUGAAGAAACUAAAAACUGAGUCUCUUCCUAAAGCAAAUGUUCUUCAGUUAUUGCACACUGUCGAAGAGUCUGAUCUCAGAGUAUCGACUGAGAUGAAGUUGGACAGUUUGAUUACUAGAAUACAUAUGGAACUCUCCGCCGGCAGGGUGCAUGAGGCAUAUGUCCCUCUUGUAUUCAAUGGAAUGAUAGGACUAUUUCAUAAUCGGUUUUCCAAAAUAUGGGAACGAGCAUCUGAGUGCCUUGCGGAACUUAUGAAGAUGCACACAGGAACGGUGUGGAAUGAUUUUGUUCGUUAUUUGGGCCAGUGCCAACUAAAACUUGAAGCACUCCACAAUCAUACUGAGAGUGAAAACUACAGCAUCUCACAGAAGUAUACUGGUCUGAUGGAGCGUUUUAAUUCGUUUCUCUUUCCGCCGUCUGAUGGCACGCCUACUGCAACACUAGUGUCUCUGUUACUCGAGACAUUGCAAAAAGUUCCCACUGUUGCUCAGUCUCAGGCUUCUGACAUUCAUCCUUUGUUCUUGAGAUUUUUGGGAUACAACAGCGAAAAUCCUAUGAGGGUCGGGUUAUACAAUGGUGGAGCUUGUAAAGGAGAGGACUGGAAGAAGUUACUUGUACAGUGGUUGAAUUUGCUGAAACUGAUGAGGAAUCCGAAGUCGUCAGGCUUUAGUCAAUUUGUAAACGAUGUUUUGCAGAACAGGUUCCUAGAUGACAAUGAUGCUGAAAUACAAACGAAUGUCUUAGAUUGCCUUCUGUUGUCGAAUGACUAUUUGCUCCCUCACCGCCAACGUUUGGGAAAUUUAAUCAAACCAAAAGAACUGAGAGAAGAGCUCACGAACUGGAACUUUUCCAAAGACAUUGAAGAAGCUCACAGAUCUCAUCUUGUUUCUCUUCAUACAAGUAUUAGUCACCGGGAGGCUGUUCUUUGCGUUAUAUCUCAGCUGGAUGUUAAUGAACUUGCCUUGUUCUUUACAUUGUUGAUGAAGCCUUUGAACAUCAUAUCAGAGGAAACAAUGGACUUGUUUUGGAGCUCAGGCAAAAGUUCUCUGGAUUAUUUCCAGAAGUCGAAUUUCCUGAAAUACUUCAACGUUGAUGCUAUUUCAACCUUAUCCAGGGAGAAGAAAUCUGGUUUUCUUCAUGUCAUCCAACAUAUCCUUGAAGUAUUUGAUGAAUUCCACGUCUUACCAUUUCUAGACUUUCUGAUGGGAUGUGUUGUCCGGCUAUUGGUAAACUAUGCUCCAGACAUCGAUGAAGAAAGGAACAUUGGUAAAGAGACUGUUUCAACAAAUCACAACCAGGCUGGCACUUUUUCGAAACACUUUAAAGAGUUGAGAUCCUUAUGUCUGAAGAUUAUUGCUCAUGUUCUUGAUAAGUACGAGGAUUGUGAUCUUGGCUCUGAGUUCUGGGACCUCUUCUUUUCAUCGGUGAAUCCGCUAAUGAAGAAUUUCAAGCAGGAGGGUUCUAGUAGUGAGAAACCAAGCUCAUUGUUCUCAUGCUUCUUGUCAAUGAGCAAAAGCCGCAAUCUUGUCACCUUCUUAUGUCGGGAGGAGUCUCUUGUUCUAGACAUUUUCUCAAUUAUAACAGUCACCACAGCUUCAGAAGCUAUUAAGUCUUCUGCCUUGAGUUUCAUAAAGAAUCUGCUCAGUCUUGAGAAUGGCUUGAAUGAUGAUGACCAUAUGAUCAAAGGAUUCUUAGAUCCAUACAUAGGGUCACUGAUUAACAACUUGCAUUCUCUUUUCUGUGGGGGUAUUUUGAAAAGGAAAUCAGUCAAGUAUCAUGGAGAAAGAGAGAUUAAGAUUCUUAAACUGUUGACUAAGCACAUCCGAGAUGACUCUCAUGUUAUGAAGUUUUUGGAUGUCUUGCUGUCUUUCUUGGAUAAACGUGUGAAAGAUUCUGAUGUUCAUCGUGAGGCUUUGCUAGCUAUUCAAGAGAUCACAUCGUUGCUUGGGAUUGAGAGUACCAGCAAAAUUAUAAAGACGGUCUCUCCUCUACUUGUUGACGCUGAACUCGGCGUUAGAUUAUGCAUCUGUGACCUUCUUGGAUCUCUUGCAAAAAUCGACGUUUCUCUGGAUCUAGUGGCGAAAUGCGUCAGCGAUAUGAAUGCCAUCACACCCAUGGAAGUCGAUGACCUUGACUACGAUACUAUAACUGAUGCUUAUGCGAAGAUUGAUGCAGAGUUCUUUAGUAAAUCCUCGGAGCAGCACAUGAUGAUCAUCCUCUCACAGAGUUUAUACAACAUGUCAUCAGAAGAACUUACGUUAACUGAUAGCGCACGCAACCUGCUGUGUUCUUUCGUUGAAUUUGCGGCCUCAAUACUUUGCCAAGAGGCUUCAGCUCACUCUGACACUGGCAAAGAGGUUUCAGAAGAUGAUGCAAGCUGGACAGGAGAUCGUGUAUUGUGGAUUAUGAAUAAGUUUGUUUUGAAACACAUUGGAGAUGCAGUAAACAGAGGAAUUUCUAGUGGAAAGGGGGAGAUUCUUUUGAUACGCAAAAUGGUGAUAACACUUCCAGAUUCCGGAAAUCUUGCUGCAUUCAGACGUUUAUGCUCUGAAGACAAUGAAGUGGAUUUCUUUAAAAACGUAUUUAGCAUUCAGGCACAGCGUAGAGCAAAGGCAACUAAACGUUUCGCGAAGAUGAUCAAAGAUAGCAGUGUGCCUGUGCCUGAGGGAGUAGUGAGAAAACUCUUUGUCUCAGUCUUUUUCAACAUGCUUCUUGAUGGGAAAGAUGGAAAAGGUAAAAAUGUCCAUGAUGCAUGCGCAGAAGCCCUUGCAUCCGUAUCUGCUCAUAUGAGUUGGAAUCCAUACUACGCUCUCUUGAAUCGGUGCUUCCGUGAGAUGAAGAAGCAUACCGGGAUGACAAAGCGUCUGAUGAGUCUGGUCUGCUCGAUUUUGGAUGAGUUUCAUUUUGCAAAAGAUGGUUACGCACUGGAGGAUGAGGAGAUUAGGACUUGCCUUGAGAAAACCUUGUUGCCGAAGAUACGGAAGCUGAUGGAUUCUGAACAAACUGAUGGUAGUGUUCAUGUCAAAGGCUAUGUGGCUGCUGUGAAGGUUCUAAAGCUACUUCCCAGAGAGAUAAUGGACUCAAAUAUAGAUUCUAUAGUUUCUAAAAUUGCCAAGUUCUUGAGGAACCGGGAGGAGAGCACACGUGAUAAAGCUAGAAAGGCUCUGGCUGAUUGUUUGAAGGAACUUGGGUUGGAGGAUUACUUGCAACUUAUCGUUAGAAAACUAGCAGCUCUGUUGACAAAAGGAUCUGAGGUGCAUGUAUUGGGGUACACUGUCAGCUACAUCUUAUCGGAGUGCCUGCCCAAUCCUACGGGUUGGAAGUUGGAUCAUUGUUUGAAAGAGCUCCUUGGUGUGGUGGAAGCCGAUGUCCUUGGAGGUGCUGAUGAACAGAAAGAUGAUAGAAAACAUUCAUCGAGGAAGAAGAAAGAAACGAUAGCACGCAAGUCACUUGAUAUUCUGAAAUUGAUUGCUGAAAACGUAACGUUCAGAAGCCAUGCGUUGGAGUUGCUCUCUCCAGUCACUGCGCAGCUGCAGGGGCAUAUGACUUCAAAGUUAAAAUCAAAACUGGAGGAGAUGUUAAAGCAUAUUGCAGCUGGUGUAGAAGGCAAUCCAUCUGUUGAGCAAAGAGAUCUUUUCUGUUUCAUUUAUGACCGUGUUGAUGAUGGUAUUAAUAACAAGAGCGGUCUUGGAGAUCAAGUGUCUUCUCAACCUUCCAGAAAGAAAAGGAAAAUGGGACAUAAGCAAGAGACUAAUGGUGCUAAGUCAUGUCCACAUCUAAUAACCGUGUUUGCUCUGGACUUAUUGCACAACAGACUGAAGAAAAUCCAACCCAACAAUGCUAAUAAUAAAGAGCUGGUGUCGAUGUUGGAUCCUUUUGUCAAACUACUUGUUGGUUGCUUGAGCUCUAAGUAUGAAGAUGUUGUGUCUUCAUCAGUUAGAUGUUUCACUUCAUUGAUAAGGUUACAACUGCCUUCCCUCAAGUCUGAAGCAGGUAAAGUGAAAACCGAAGUAUUAACCAUCGUUGCUAAGUCUGAAGUGAGUUCCAGUAGUCCUCUUGUGAAGUCAUGCCUUAAGUUCAUAAGAGCUCUUGUUGGCAAUGGGAAUUUCAGUUUAUCUUCUGAGGAGUUGAAAAUGUUGAUUCAGUUCCCCAUGUUUGUUGAUCUGGAAUCGGAUACAUCUGUGGAAUCAUUGAAUUCUUCUCUUUCACUUCUCAAAGCCAUUGUGAAAAGAAAGCAUGUGUUUCCGAAGGUAUAUGAUGUUGCAGAUCAGGUUUCAAAGUUGAUGAUAACACAUCAGGAUAAAUCAAUCCAAAAGAAUUGCCGAGAGUUACUGUUAGAAUUUUUGGUCAGUGAUACACUUUCUGAGAAACGCCUUGAAAGUCAGUCUAACUUUCUGCUGAAUCAUCUGACGUAUAAACAUUCAUCUGGAAGAGAAGCAGUUCUUGACUUUCUUCAAGGGUUUAUCGAGAAAUUCUCUAAUCCUAACCUCGGCAAGCAGUCAGUUCUUGACAAGCAGUCUCAAAACUUGUUUCUAGCUCUUGCUGUUCGUUUGGCAACUGAUGAUGCUAAAGAAUUGCUGCCUAAGAUUUGUAGUGUGAUAAAACAUCUGAUCGGUCGCAUGAGUAAUUAUCAUUCGAGUCUUGAGCACUGUCUUGGUUGGUAUAAGCAGGAAAACUCACAGGCUAAAGCAGCACAGGUACUGGGAUUAUUCAUCGAAGCCAGGAAGGAAGCAUUUCCGAAGCAUAUCCGCAAUAAAUUGUUGCAGGAAGCUAAAACGAUUUUGAAGUCUUCUAUACAGUUGCAAAAUACUAUUGAGGAAGGCAGUGUUCCUUUGUGGAAGGAAGCAUACUACUCUCUGGUUAUGCUAGAGAAGAUGCUCAAGCAGUUUCCCGAUUUAUGUUUUGAAAAAGAUUUAGAGGAUGUUUGGAAAAUGGUCUUUAAGCUGUUGUUGCACCCACACGAAUGGUUGCAAACUAUAACUUGCCGGCUCCUGAAUUAUUAUUUUAUGAAAAUGGCGGAUAAGCCUCAGGGACUAGUAGCUGAUUCUCUUCUCGGUAAGCUAAAUAGCCUUUUCAUGGUAGCUGCUUCUCUUUGCUUCCAGUUAAAGCUAAAGGUGAGCCGCUGUACAGUCGUGAACAAGAAAAAUGAUGCCACAGCAGAAGAAGGCAAGAAAGACAAUGUUGCCACUGAAGAAGAUAUUGUCACAGAGAAUAUUGUUUUUGCGGUCUCUGGUCUUCAUUCAAUGAUUGGAAAAUCAGAUCAUGAGUACUGGUCUAGUCUUGGCAGUGUUGAGCAAGCGGAGUUCCUCGAAGCCUUUAGAGUAUUUGAUUCAGGGAAAGUAAGGUCUGAUUUCUUGGCUCUUACUUCAGGCAACUUCAGCGAGAAAGGCCAAGAUGAUGUGAGAAAUGUAUUGAUUGGAAGUUUGCUCAAAAGAAUGGGGAAGAUUGCAUUUGAUACAGAGUCUCUACAGAUGAGAGUUGUGUUCAACGUCUAUAAAGACUUUGCCUCACAGUUGAAUCAAGAAGAGUGUCGCUUAUACGCCUUUAAGAUUCUGCUUCCGUUGUACAAAGUCUGCCAAGGAUUUACCGGGAAAGUAAUCUCAGAUGAGCUGAAGCAGCUAGCGGAAGAGGUGAGAGACAGUAUAAGAGACGAGAGGUUAGGCAGCCAAAUGUUUGUGCAAGUUUACGGAGAAAUCAAAAAGAGUAUGGAGACGAAAAGGGAGAAGAGGAAGCGAGAGGAGAAGCUUAUGGCUGUGGUAAACCCAGAGAGAAACGCGAAGAGGAAACUGAAGCUAGCUUCCAAGAACAAGGCUAACAAGAAAAGGAGGAUUAUGGGCAAUAAAUUUGGUAGAUGA